AUGCAGGCAUUCGCACGUCCGAGUGGAUCGAUGGUCGGCACUGUGACACUUUUCCUUUGUACCCCUGGCGGCGCUUCUGACGCCGCCCCGGGAGCGCCCCUCGGCGCGGGGGAAGUGGUGUGGGGGAAGGGGUCAGCGCCGACACAAGGAAUCCGCGCGGAGCUCCGAUGCUGGUGUUCGUGCUGUCUCUUGCUCUUCGACGUCCCCCUGGACGAAGCCACGCUGGUCGAGGUCUGCGACCUUGCCGACUCCGCCGAGGAAGCGGGCUGCGCUUUCUGCUGCCUCAGUGACCCGAAGGUGGUCGCGAAGCCUGGCCUGCUGACGCAGGAGGAGGUGGAGCACCUCCUGUCGUUGGCGGCCGGUGCCGCCCAGCCAACCCACUGCGGCGCUGGCGGACCCUUCGAGAGCGGCACGCGGUCGAUCCGGGUACUGCAGGCCGAGGAGACCCCGACGGUGGAGGGCAUCGAGCGCAAGCUCGUCGCGCUGUGCGGGCUGGCGUGCGAGCACCUGGCCCGGCUGCGGGUGGUCCGCACGGCCACGCGGCUGGGCCUCUGCAACCGCGGCUCCGGGCACACCUCGGUAUACGUUUGCCUGCAGGAGCGAGACGACGUGUGGUUCCCGAAGCUGGGCGUGCGUUUUGCCAUGCGCCGCGGCGACGCCCUGUUCUGGACCAACCAUCGGCGCGUCGACGGGCGGCUCUGCGAAGACGUCCGGACGCAGAGGAUUCACGUCGCGGCGGGGGGUGGCCUGGAGCGCAUUUCGGCCGUCGGGCUCGACGCGUUCUUCCACGACAACCCCGUGCGGGCACAGCAGCGACAGCGGAAGUUUGUUGCAGACGGGGCGUUGUAG